AUUUUUUUCAAGCCAGCGGCUAGCAUGCUUUUCACACGUUAGCCGACCUACGAUCUGUGCAAACAUGUGCUAAAGUUGAUGCAAAUUUAAUCGAAUUUUUAAUUUAAUUUCGUUCCAGUGAUCAUUUAAAAGCUUCGAGAUUGACGCAAUCGCUUUGAGAACGAUGCGUGAAAAAAAUUGCAAUCUAAUUGAAGAGGGAAAAGAUGACCCAGAACUUGCGACUCUUUCGGCUUCCGGCACAUCUGUCAAGAUUAGACGUAAAUCGUCCUCGUUUUCCAGCAAAGUUGACACUCGUGAAAUUUGGGGCAACAAAUUGGAUUUUUUAUUCUCCUGCAUCAGCGUUUCAGUUGGAUUGGGAAAUGUGUGGCGAUUUCCUUAUCUAUGCUAUAAGAACGGAGGAGGAGCCUUCCUGAUAUGUUACAUUAUCUCGGCGUUAUUUUGCGGAAUCCCGAUGUUCUUCCAAGAGGUUGCCAUUGGUCAGUAUCUAGGUUCCGGAGGAAUGACGUUUGUUGGAAAACUAUGCCCUAUAUUCGCUGGCACCGGUUACGCUAGUAUGACGAUAGUGUUCCUGCUGGACGUAUAUUAUUGUAUAAUCGUAUCCUGGACUUUGCUAUAUUUAUUCAGUUGUUUCAUAUCCUUACCAUCUUUACCUUGGCAGGAUUGCGGACACUGGUGGAAUAGUGAAAACUGCGUCACAGAUGCUAUCUCAGUCAAUACGCAUAAUGAAACAUCCAUAUACAAUAUAAGCAGAAAUGUUACCAAUUUAAAUUUAACCAAGGUUGCAUUUACCGUCACCCCUGCCGAAGAAUUUUGGAGACAUCGCGUGUUGAUGAUUACCGAAGGUAUCGAAAAUCUAGGUGGAAUGCAGUGGGAGCUGUUGGCUUCGUUGUUCAUUGGAUGGCUGAUUAUUUACAUUAUUUUAGGCAGAGGACUUCAUCAAAAUGGAAAGGUGGUCUGGUUCACAGCGUUAUUCCCAUACGUCAUAAUAAUGAUUUUACUCUUCAGAGCGGUGACAUUGCCAGGAUCUGUUGACGGGCUCCGUUUUCUCAUCUCUACCGAUUUCGAAAAAUUGAAAUCAGCUCAGACAUGGAUCGACGGAGUUUCUCAGAUAUUUUUUGGAUACAGUUUAGGUGUAGGAACGUUACCAGCUCUAGGCUCGUAUAAUCGUUUCGAACACAAUUGCUACAGAGACGCUGUUGUGACCUGCAUAGUGAACACAAUCACUUGUGUUUUGGCCAGUAUGAUCACAUUUAGUAUCCUCGGUUUUAUGGCAUUCACUCAGGGGACCAGCGUCAACAGCGUUGUUCAGAGUGGACCCGGUUUAGUCUUCAUUACGUAUCCAGAAGUAGUCUUGAAGUUACCAGCUGCCCCUCUAUGGGCAGCUCUUUUUUUCUUCAUGUUGGCUAUCAUUGGUAUCGAUAGCGAAUUCUGUAACGUGGAAUCAUUUAUAACAGGUUUAGUGGAUAAAUGGUCUUCUGUAUUACGCCCGCGUAGGAAACUUUUCGCAUUCGUAAUCUGCUUCUCGAUGUUCCUGCUCGGAAUUCCGAUGGUUACUCAGGGCGGAGUUUACAUUUUCCAAUUAUUUGAUUUCUACGCCGCAUCUGGUCUUAGUUUAUUGUGGGUGUGCUUCUUCCAAACGAUCGCUAUUUCGUGGUUCUUUGGAACAGAACGAUUCAAUAGCUGUGUUUAUCAAAUGAUGGGAGUCAAGUUGCAUUGGUUCUUUACGAUAUGUCUUCAAUUUGUUGCUCCUUUCAUUAUGAUGGGCGUUUUCUUAUUCUUCGCUUUCAAUUUCGAGCCGGUCAAGUACGGAGAAAGUUACACGUAUCCGAAAUGGGGAGAAUAUCUGGGUAUUUGUAUGUCAACCAUGUCCAUGAUGUGGAUACCUUUGUACAUGAUUUAUUACCUAAUCAAAGAACCAGGCACAUUGGCAGAAAAACUCAAAAGAGGAGUAACUCCGCAAUUUGAAAUUUUGGCAAUUAAGAAAAACACAACGGAAACGAUUUCAGCCGAUAUGAUACAACCUGCGAAUCCGGUAUCGGAAAGUAAAGUUGGCCUGUUAUGCGCAUCCCAGGUGAAACUCGCCAAUUGAAAAGUGAUCGAUGAAGAUACACCGAUAUGAGAAGACGAGGAGGCUCUUUCUUUAUCUGUGACCUAACGAUUAAGAUUUGUAUGUAAAUUGCUUCAGUUUUCGCCACGUUUCAGGUCCCUUGAGGAAGGGUGGAUCUUGGAUGAGUUGAUUGACGAAACCGUGUUGUUUUAUUUUUUUCUACAAGGUGCCAGUUAUGGAACUAGGUAUAGUGAUGCUUUAGGUUAAUUUAUUACUCUGUGAUACCUUCGCAUAGAAUACCUUCGUUUUUACGAUCGAUUCCCCUUUAGAUAUUCUUAGCUUUCUUUUUGUUCCUAUCGAUGGAUGAGGUGAUUAAUGGGAGGUUUGUAAUCGUUGUAAAUAUCCAGUUACCAUUGCUAAUAUUAUUAUUAACGUGGUGAUAUGUUUUUUAAAUGACGAAGAAUAGGUUUUGGAAAUUUUGGUUUUGGUGUUAUUAGUUUUAAGAGGGUAGAAAUUGCACGCCCUUUGAAUUAUUCGAGUUGAGAUGAGCGAUUAGAUGACAUACAUAUUAUAUUAGUUUUAUUAGAAUUAGGUUACUUUUUUUUCGAGUGAGAGGUUUUCUAAAAAUAGGAAAACAGAAAUAAUUGAUGAUUUUCAAAUUCUACUAGCUAACUAGUUCCUUGCAUUUAAAUACUCCUUGAUUAGAUAUUUUCCUUUUAUUAUUUAUUUUACGACUCCAGUGAUUGAUAUUUUGGAUUCAUUGACGACCAGUGUUUCAAGUUUAUCCUUGAAUUCUGCGAAUUAUGAACCAGUUUCGUAACAGGCACCUGUCUAUUAUUUUCAUAUCAUUUUCUCGAAGACAUGUAUAAUCUAAGUCUACGUAAUUGUAAACAAUUUAAAGAUUAAUAAAUCAUUACGAUCGCA